AUGGGAGACCAUGAAAUGUUUGUUGAAAAGAAAGUUGAUGAAAAUGAACGAAAAGAACACGAAGAAUUUUUACGUUUGGCUAUUAAAAUAGCUGAAGAGAAUGUUGAACAAGGCCUUGGUGGACCGUUUGGGGCUGUUAUUUGUAAAGAUGGAAAAGUUAUUGCAAAAGGCUCAAAUAAAGUUGUGAGUAUUAAACAUUUCCACAUGACCUUACAGUCGCGUUUAUGUAAAACGUGGUUGUACAUCUCCAAACGAUUAGACGCGAUGCCAGAUGCAUCAGGUACUUUACGAUGUAAAUUGUCUAACGAGGGAAGUACCCUAACUGAUAAAUCGCUUUUUCAACGAAACCGAGUGGACUAUAGGUAGUCGACGAUGCUGAUUCCGAAUAUCACCAUGAAUGCUGCUGCUAGG